AUGGAGAAACCUGAAUCCGCAGCCCAUAUUGAGCGAUCCAACACCUCCAAAUCCCUCCACAUCUCUGCAAAUCAUACCCGCGGUCAUGCUAUUCAACAGCAAGAACACAACAGAACCUACUUGCAGACACUCCGCAAGGAUCCAUGGCUUCUUCUAUGGAUCGGAGUUAUGCUCUGGACUCUGAUCGUUCGCGGUUUUGAGAACCAGUCUUCAGGCUCAGUCAUUAGUAUUCCCGUCUUCAAGGAACGCUUCGGCAAACCAGAUGACAAGGGCGAUUACUUUAUCGAGACUAGCUGGCAGUCAGCACUCAGUGGAGGCUCAAAUGCUGCUGCUAUCUUUGGUGCCUGGGCUUCAUCAUACUUUGCUGAUAUCAUCGGCUUCAAACCAGUUGUUCUUGCUGCUGCAGCCAUCAACAUUGGUUCUGUAGGUGUUGAGUUUGCCUCUACAUCUAUCGAAAUGUUUUUUGCUGGAAAGAUGGUCAACUUUAUCGCCAUUGGAGCUUUUCAAAACCUCUGCACAGCGUACGUUGCUGAUGUCUCGCCGUUGGCAAUCCGCUCCACUACCAUUGGUUUCUGUAAUCUUGCUCAAUGCAUUGGCCCUUUCAUCUCUGCCAUUCUUUCCAACUUCAGUUCCCAGUGGGAUACCAACUGGUCCUGGCAAUCCCUCAUUGUUGCACAGUGGGGUUUUGCAGCAGUGGCUUUAGUCGGUCAAGUCUUGAUGCCUGAAUCCCCAGUCUUUUUGGUCCGAAAAGGCAAGAUGGAUAAAGCCCAAAAAGCCCUUGAACGAAUGUAUUCCGACCCAGAGGAUGCUUCUGGACAUUUGGAACGUAUCAAGUUGACUCUGGAGGAGGCAGAGUCCCAAAACCUUGGUUCUUACCUCGACUGUUUCAAGGGAACCAACCUCCGAAGAUCCCUCAUCGCCAUCAUGGUGUUUCUGUCAGAGCCAAUGUCUGGUCUGGGAUUUGUUUCCAAUUAUGGUGCUUUGAUGUAUCAAUACCUUGGAAUUAGCGACAGCAAGUCCUUCCAGAUUCAGAUUGGUGCUCAGAUCCUUUCCAUGUCUGGUGCAACCAUCGCGUUCCUCGUAGGCGACUUCUAUGGCCGUCGACCUAUGUACGUCACUGGAUGUGUUGCCCUCGCUUGUCUCCUGAUGUGUAUGGGUAUUUCUGGGUCAGUCGACAAUACGGCUGCUGUUACCGCAUCUGUUGGGUUUUACACCAUGUACAACUUCUUUUACAAUGUUGGUGUCGGCUCGACUGUGUACACCAUCGCAGGAGAGAUUCCUACUUCAGUACUCCGAACCAAGACAAUUGCGAUUUCUAUUUGCAUCUCUUCAGCUGUCAAUACUAUGUGGUCGUUUGUCGCACCAUACAUCUUCAACCCCGAGUAUGCCAAUCUUAAAGCCAAAAUUGGUUUCAUUUUUGGCGGCUUUAUGAUUAUCUUUGCUGUUUUGGCGUUCUUGUUCGUUCCCGAGACUCGCAUGAGGAGCUACGAGGAGUUGGACGAGCUUUUCAUGGAUAAGAUUCCUGCUCGACAGUUCCGCAAGCAUGUCACCCUUGCCGAGCGUCGUGCUGAAGAGGCAUAUGCGAUUGAGAAUGGUGCGGAGGGAAAACUUCGAGAUGCCUAG